AUGAAACUGUUGGGGUCUGAAAGUGUGAGCAAGGCUACUGUGAGUAGAACUAUUGUGAAUCAAGGGUCAAUGCUUAAUGAAGCUCAACAAACUAGUUUAUGUAGGGAGUUUACUAGGGAGGAUGUUAAGGUUGCUCCUUUUGCAAUUGAUGAUAACAAAGUUGUAGGCCCUGAUGGUUUCUCUAGUGGUUUCUUUAUGAAGACUUGGAGUAUCAUUGGGAGUGAUAUAAUUGCUGCUGUGUUGGAUUUCUUUCAUACUGGGAAGUUGCUUAAACAGGUGGAUGCUACUACUCUUUGUCUCAUUCCUAAGUGUGAGCAGGCUGAUGAUGUGACAAAGUAUAGACCAAUUGCUUGUUGCAAUGUCAUGUAUAAAAUCAUCUCUAAAAUGAUUUGUUCUAGGUUGAAAUGUGGUUUACUUGCAAUUAUGAAGCCUGUCCAAAGUGCCUUUAUUGAGAACAGAAUUAUCAUGCAUAAUAUUUUUCUUUGUCAAGAUAUUAUGAAGAAUUAUUUGAGGAAAAGCCUUCCUGCUAGGUGCACCAUCAAAGUGGAUCUUCGAAAGGCUUAUGAUUCCUUAAACUGGGAGUUUGUGAAAGAAUUGCUCAUUGCGCUAAAGUUUCCUCAUCAAUUUGUUCAUUGGGUUAUGUUGUGUAUCACUUCUCCUUGUUUCUCUUUAAGCUUCAAUGGGGGUUUGUGUGGCUUCUUCAAGGGCAAGCAAGGUCUGCGUCAAGGUGAUCUCAUGUCAACGUUGAUCUUUGUUAUUGCCAUGGAGUAUCUUUCUAGGCUUCUUAAGAAGAUGAGUUUGAAGAAUAGUUUAUCCUUUCUUCAUAGAUCUUUUGAAGAUGUUUCUGGUCUGGCGGCUAAUGAUGAUAAAACAACAAUUUACUUUGGUUUGUUUGAGUUUGAUAGGAUGACUUUGGAAAGGUUGAAGAUUGAAGAUUUGUAUAUUGAAGAAGAAAUGAUUUCUUUCUAA